AUGGUCGGAGAAUUGCUGCUGUAUGGAUGGACUUCUUCUGCGUCGAGAGCCGGGACGAGAAGCCUGGAGAAUGGGGCUUGUCUCAAUAGUGAGCAUGGCGGGGUUGGACGUUUGACCAUUCCAGAAGAGAUCAUUCUGACCUCACACCGUAAUAUGUAUGUAUGUAUGUACAAGGCUGGAGGUGGGUGCGAAGACGGAUCUGUAUCUGUGGUUCGGUUUCAAAAAAGGAUCUCGCAGAUCAUCAUCUCCGGAACACCUGCGCAUCCUGGCCCUGUGGAUAGGCUGGUGGAAUCACACCUGGGUUGGAGUAAGACAAGGGCCAACACGAAUGGCCGUGUCGUCAAACCCCCCAUAACGGCAUUCGGGAUGAAGCUUGUUGGCCUCUCCACACCCGCCUCUGCUUCCCAGGGCGAUGCGCGCAAGCCCGGGGAAAUCAAGGGACCCAACCGUCCAGGCCCGGUGAUCCUGUCCGGCGAUAAUUGGACGACUGGCACGGGGUGA